UAAAAAUGAGCGAUUGUUAGUUGUUCAUUGAAUGUUUUGUACAGACUUUGCCAAUGCCAUUGUAUGUAGUACAAAUUGUGAUUUUUCGAAGUUUGUUUAAAAUCAGCUGGAUAUAAAUUUUGAAUAAAAUCUAUGAAUAGUUACUAUUAAUUUUUAUAGGAAUACUAGAGUCUAUUAGUAUUGGUACUGGUACAAUGAGGACCAGCCUUAAAGUGAAGUUAAACUUAAACUCUAAGUCUAACCAUCCACGAAACAGUCGUACUGUUAAGGUGUCACUGUCAUAAAUUAUUUUAUUAAUAAUAUAAUAAAUUUAAUGACUAUGCCCAUUUCAGAAUUUCUCAACAGUAACUAAUUAAAGAUGAGCUCAACAGAUGACACUGACAGCAUGGAUGUAGAGGUAGUUGAAACUGAAGAUGAUGAUGAAACAGAAGUAUCAGAGGAAAGUGCUAAUGAUCAGCACUCAAGUGAAGAUAAUGAUAAUUCAGAUAAUAUUGAACAGUCUACAAGAUCAGCGGGACAUCUUGAAACUUCAUCAGUAGCGCCGGCUAGUAGUGAUACUACAGUAGAACAACAUAAUAGAGAUGUAUCAACAUCAAGUGAUCCUGUUCUUAGCAGUUCAUUAAAUCCAGAUGGUUGUAAAUCAGAACCAAAAAAUGGCAUCCAAAAAAUUUCUAUCUCUCCCAAGUGUAAAGAGAAUAACCUGGAUGAGUCUGAGGAAGAUGGGCAGAUUUGUACUAUCUGCUUUGAUCGCUGGACCAAUUCGGGUGUUCACAGAUUAGUUUCUUUAAAGUGUGGUCACCUCUUUGGUUUCAGCUGUAUUGAAAGAUGGCUAAAGGGUCAGGGAGCCAAGUGUCCACAGUGUAAUGCUGCAGCGAAAAAAUCUGAAAUUAGAACGAUCUAUGCCAAGUGUUUGAAAGUUUUAGAUACGUCGGAGAGAGAUAGAGCCAUAAAAGAAUUGGAUAAAGAAAAGGAACUUCGUCGUCGUGCAGAACUGGAGGUUGCUCAGACAAGGCUAAAAUAUCAGAUGGCUGUCCAGGAAUGUGAACGAAUAAAGAAGGAGCUAAUGGAGAAGACAGAAACUAUAGAUAAACUCAGGUGUCGUGUAGAUAAAAACAUAAUGAAUCAAUGUAAUGCAAAAAGCUUAGGUAUUAUUUAUAUAAAGCAUUACAUACUGUUGUUGUACAGAAAAUAAUUCUUUUUUUGUUUUUUUCAUAUAAAAUAAUUAGUGUGCCAAAGUUAUACCAAAAUUAAACAUUGUUUUUUUCUAGUAUAUGUCAUUUUCUAUUGUCUUAUCUAGAGGUAUGCAGAAAGCAAAAUCAAAAGUUUCCAGAUUUCUGUUACGCAUUUUAUUAUAUGUACAGACUGUAUUCCAGUUUAUUGAUUUUGUGUUUAAGUUGUUUUGGUAUCAUAGUGUUGAAUUCGAAUGUUACUAGUAUUUCUGUGGAUUUUUCCAGUGUUUCACAGUUUAUUAAUGUUACUAGUAUUCUGUGGAUUUUUUCCAGUGUUUCACAGUUUAUUAAUGUUACUAGUAUUUUGUGGAUUUUUCCAGUGUUUCACAGUUUAUUAAAGUUACUAGUAUUUUGUGGAUU